CCACCUCGAUUAAAUUCUCUUUUAACCAAAGAAAUAAAUCAAGUAAAGAAAGAUGGCAGCGCCCAUUGGGAAACCGCUGACCUUUUGCAAAUUAUCGUCCCUUCAUCGGGUAUUUGGAGGUAUUGGAAGUGUGAGGUCAAGUUCUAACAUGAGAAACUUCUAUAAGGACAGGACACCUAAACAACGACACAGGAGUGAUCCUGCAAGAAUUGAUGAGCAACCUGGUCCUUGGAAAAAUUACACCAACUUUGAAGCAUGGAGAAAACGGCCAAGAUCUAAUCAGCCAUUUGACCCGCAAAGAGUGACUAAAUUACUGGAGGAAAUGAACUUUGAAACAGAAAAUGAUAUGCCCGUUGAUAUGCCUGAUCCCUAUGUAGAGAAACCAAAACGUUGCUUACUAUGCCAACACAACAUUGAACUCUCAUACAAGAACACUCAGUUAUUGAGUCAGUUUGUAUCCCCAUACACUGGAAGAAUUUAUGGACGACAUAUCACAGGCCUUUGUAUACACAUGCAGCGACAAGUAGCUAAAGAAAUAAGAUGUGCCAGAAGAUUUGGUUUUAUGCCAAAUACAUACAAGAAUCCAAAGUACAUGAAGGACCCUAUGUUGUUCAACCCUUUCCAGAAGAAAACAUACCCUCUCGGACAAUGAUGUUUGAAAUUGUUAUUAGUAUAAAAUAUACUUGGAGACUGAGAUUUCCAUUUUGCUGUUUUCCUUUGGAUCAAUAAAAUUAUGC